AUGGCUGGCAUAUACCUAGGCUGCGCCACUGGCCCAACUGGACAAUUGGCAGAUACUAGCUGCCAGGAGGGAGGUGACAUGCUUGCUGGAGAAUUAAAUGCCCAGCUGUGGGGAGCAGAGACUGGAGGGAAGGACUGGCCUCCAAUCCAAGGUCAGGUCACAACUUGCCAGUCAUUAGCUAUACUCUCAAGACCUAUGGGUAACGAGAAUUCCAGGCUCGAAAUUAUUGAUUUGGCUCUUUAA